AAUAAAAUUGAAUUAUCUGAACGUGUGCGUCCGCAGUCGCUCGCAGGACAUCGACGCGUUCGGACAUGUUCGCCUUUGCCUCUAACUAGCUCGAGCUUAGUCGAACUCUCUCUCACAUAAACACACACAUACCAUUUCACAGCAGCAACAGCAACAGCAAUAGCAGCAGCAGCAGCAGCAGAGCCACUGCUCUCGCUCUCGGUCUCGCUCUUGCUCACCCUCACACACGCACGGUAGACCGACCAGCCACAGCCAGUCGUCGUGUCAAGCUUUUCGGUCUGCAACGACCAGGUUCGUGUUCGCCGCCACUCGUUCGCUGUCGCCGUGGCUGGUGUUGUUGGUAUUGUUGCUGGAGUGUUGUUGGAGUUCGACGACGGUUGUCGGUUGUGUGCUGUUGGGCUUUGUGCUUUGUUGGUUGGACAACACAGAUGCACACAUACAGCCAUACACAGUCAUACACAGAGAACACAACGGCACAUUGCCGUGGCAGCAGAAGCAAAAGCAGAGGCUGAACAGCGCCACAGUCGCAGCCGCAGCGAAGAAGCGCUCGCCGCUAGCAGUCGCAAAGCAGUCGCGUACUUCACUUCCGCCGUUACCGUUAGCACCACACAAAAACCGGACGACGACAAAAAAAGCUCCCGCCAUCCGUCGCGCCACAAACAGCAGCAGCAGCCGUUACUGGAGCUCCGCCGCAGCAACCCGACAAGCAGCAACAAUUAAUAAACAAUAACUAAUAUUAACUACUUUUCUAACCUCUCUCUAAAUGUAAUAUCAUCCUCUAAAAGUAAUACCCAACACAACAACCAAACAACUACAGCAACCAAACAACAACAACAACAACCACAAAAGAAGUGCAAUUUUUUUCAAGUGUGAGCAAGUGUAAAAACAAAAAGAAAUCAAAACAAACGAAAACAAAAACAAAAACAAACGCAAAACAAAAAAACACACAAGAGGAUAAAAGAUACUCCAAUUGGAGAAAUGAUAAAGCUGUUUCCCAGCUCCUAUUGUCGGGGGGGGAGCGAUAUCUGAGAGACGAGAGACGGGACACACCGACAGACAAUAUGGGUGGCAAAUGCAAAAAUAAAACGAACGAAACGAACAACUGUUUUCAGAGGCCGCCACCAAAAAAAACUUCUAACUGAAAAAAUACAAACAGCAGCAGUAGAAUCGCCUGUGAAGCAUCACCACCGUCGAGGAGAGGAGUAGGCAAAUAAGAACAUAAACGGUUCCUAAUACGAAGAAAAGCGGAAGCAGGAAGCAGGAAGGAAGAAGAAGCCGAAGCAGCAGCAGCAAGAAAGAGUGACCCUUUCUUUGCCAUCAUCCAAGCCAGGGUCACAGAUCGAGCCUUGAUGGCAUCGCAGUCAUCCAAGGAGUAGCCCAGAAAGGAUAUUCCAACUGCAUUUAACGCGCGCGUGUGUCCACUGUAUGUGUGAGUGUGUGUCCUUUUUUUGGUGUGAUAAUUAAAGGAAACGCUAAAGGAAACCGGGUGCAAUAAUAACGUAAACGUAACGGAACCUAGAACAAGGAAUAAGCAAAAAAAUCUACAACGAAAAACAAAACAAACAAAAAACCUACACACGUAUCCGGUCAAUCGAAAAACGGGAAUCUAGUUCUAGGAUUGAUACCUCAUAGGACCGUUACAUACCACCCACCGUUGCCACAACUGGUAGCGGGGGGCACCCCUGUGUGUGUGUGUAGGUGUGUCCGAAGCCUGGAAAAGGAAAUCUUUGGAAAUUGGAAAGAAAAAUGAGAAUUAAAAUGCCAGCGGUCCGAAUUGCACAAGGUGAGUCUUCUAACGGUAACGGCACCACCACCGCAACGGGCACCACAUUGUGCGUCCGCCCAGAAUUCCCACGUCUAAUGAUCACUGGUUCCACAAGUGCCACAAGUGCCCCAAGAGGAGCCGCCCUCCCAAUCGCAGCCAAUUCUGACUCCACAGAGAACGAUGCGGUUGCCGCACAGGACAUCCUCACGUGCGGCGCCUGCCAGAAGGCAUUCGCCCUCUCGGACAUUGUCAAGUUCAUCCAGCACAAGGUGCUGCAGUGCAACAAGGAGAACUAUGGCCAGUGCUCCACGCAGGGUCCCCAGAUGGACCGCGACGCGGAGGAGGGCCGCCCCCUGAGCCUCGUCAAUCGCCGGCCCUCGAUCUCGGCCAUACCCAUCACAGGCCGCAAGUCCGCCCCAUCCGUUGUGGUCACCAGUGCUGGUGGCGCCUCUGCCACAGCAGCGGCCGUUGCAGUCGCCGCAGCAGCAGCAGCAGCGGCAGCGGCGGCGGCGGCCAGCAGCACGGCCAGCGGCUCCCGCAUACACACCCCGCCACCAAGUCCUGCGGAUCUGCUGGCCGAUGGCGCCAGCAGCACGCCCAAGCGUCUCGUUGACGAGAACGACAACACAACGCCCAAGGACAGCGAGGCGGCAGCCACCACCUUGGACUCGAAUGCCGUGGCAUCCGUGCGCGGCAGUCCGGCGGCCAUUGAGCGCCAGGCGGCCGGCGACAUCAGCUGCGAUCUGCUCGACGAGGAGCAGCAUCCACACACCCCCAAGGUCAAGCAGGAGCCCUACGCCGGCGACGAGGAUAUGCCCCAUCUCGCCGAGUCGCACCAGGAGCAGGAGCAGGAGCAGUCCGUGGCCGAUUGCCAGCCCCUGGCCAAGCGGCCCAAAAUGGAGCUGGUCGAUGCCGAGGCCAACACAGUCCACACAGAGCCCAGCAAUUACACAUGCUCCACUUGCAAGACCCGCUACACAUCCGCGUGGCGCCUCAUCCAGCACGUCCAGCACUCGCACGGCGUCAAGAUCUAUGUGGAGGCCACUGGAGGCGCUACCCUCACCGUGGCCACGCCCGCCGCCCUCAAUAACAGCGCCUUGGCUGCCGCCGCAGCCGCUGCAGCAGCCGCUGCCGCCGUUGCGGCUGGCGCUAGUCCACAGCCCGCUGAGGCGGCGAUAAAGCGCAGCAGCCCCGCUGGAGCGGGAGUCGCCUCUGUCUCCCUGUCCACCUCCGUCAGUUCCACAUCCUCCGCGUCGCUGGCCAACACGAGCAUCGGCAGCGGCAGCGGCAGCAACAGCAGUCACGCCAGCGGCAGUGCCGGCGUGAGCAUCAGCGCCUCGUCCCCCCAGCAACAACAGCAGCAGUUGCAGUUGCAUCAACAGCAGCAGCAGCAACAGCAGCAACAGGCGGCGCAACAGCAGCAACAGCGCGUGCAGCAGCAGCAGCGCGAGAACCUCGCUUCGGCAAUGGCCGCCGGAAUGCGGCAUCAUCCGCUGCUGGCGCCGCCCGAAGCGAUGCAUGCCAAUCCCUUCCAGCUGCUGCGCAUGCCCCUGCCGCCGGCGCUGGCCCAGGGAAAUGUAGUUCCUAGCGUGGCGCCACUGUUCGGCCACGGCCGCCCCUCGCCCGCCGACCACUACCGCAUGGAGCAGCUGGUGAGCGAACAGUUCCGGCAUCACGGCUUCAAUCUGGCAGCAGCCGCCGCCGCCGCCCAGGCGCAGUUCAAUGCCAACGGGCAGGUGGGAGGACAGCAGUUGAAUGUGUCCGCCAAUGUUCCUACCGUCGCCAGUGGCGAGCCGCGUCCGCCCUCGAGCUCCAGCAGCGGCAGUCAGCGCGGCUCCGUGCCGCCCGCCGCCCUGCCACCACCGUCGCUCAGCUCCCAGCAGCAGCAGCAGCAACAGCAGCAGCAGCAACAGCAACAACAGCAGCAACAGCAGCAGCAGCAGCAGGUGGGAGGCGCCUCCACGCCUGGUCUGGUGGGAGGAGGCAGUGGCUCCCUGAAGCUGGAACCGCAGCAGAUGGAUUUUUACUCGCAGCGAUUGCGUCAGCUUGCGGGCACAACAAGCCCUGGAGCUGGCAGCAUUGUUAACUCGAGCUCGCCGAGUCCUCGACAGAAGCAAUCGCCGCAUUUCGCGAGCCCCUCGCCCUCCCAGAUCCCCCAGCACCACCACCACCAGCGGCCCCACUCGCUGACUCCCCCCGAGAAGAGCGGAGAUGCGGGCUCCGAGAACGGCAGCCUCUGCCUGGCCCUCGCCAGCACCCCGCGGUCGGCCAGCACGCCACCAUCGAAGGGCAGCAGCUCCGGAGUCGGAGCCGGAGCCGGAGGAUUGGGCGGCCUGAGUCUGGGCCUCAAUCUCGGCCAGGGAGGAGGAGCAGGAGUAGGCGGAGCGGAGCAGGCCAGCUGCUUUGCGUGCAGCUACUGCGACAAGAAGUUCCGCUUCGAGAACAACCUGAUCAUCCACCAGAGGACGCACACGGGCGAGAAGCCGUACAAGUGCACUGCCUGCGACUUUGAGUGCUCGCACAUCCAGAAGCUGAUGAAGCACAUGCGGGUGCACCGCAGUCCGGGCGAUGACCAGGACGGACAGGAUGGGCCCGACGAUGGCAGCAAUGCCGAUUCGCUGGAGACGAACGAGGCGGACAACGACGAAGAUCCCAAUCCGGAUGAGUCCGAGGAGGAGAUGGGCGAUGCCGACGGGGACAACGAUCCCGAUGGCGAUGUCGAUCCCGAUGCCGAUGGCGAGGGCGACGAUGAGGACGAGGACGAGCUGGAUGACUGUGAGGACAUGGACUACAAGGCCGAGGAUCUCAGCGUGAGCAACCGCAUCGACGGCAAGAGCCAGAGCCCCAAGACGACCAGCUCCGGGGCCACCUCCCUGGUCGGGGAGCUGAUGGACAAGUUCGGACUCUCGAACAUCGCCCAAUACAGCGAGGCCUACAAGCAGGCGCUGCAGGAGUCCGGCCGCAAGGAGGCCGCCUCCGUGGCCGCUGCCGCCGCUGCAGCCGCCGCAGCUGCCGCUGUGGACAACAACAACCGUGGUGGUGGCUCCGGACCUGGCUCCGCCUCGGGAGCGGGAGGAGUGGGUGGCGCUGACAAGAUGAACGGCCUGCCCGUGGCCGCGCUCCGGCUGCGGGACGAGUUCGCCAAGAACUGCAACAUGUUCCAGCAGCCGCAGGAUGGGCCCGGCCAGGUGCCGCUCUUCAAUCCCUUCCCCAAUCCCUUCGAGCUGAGCAAGCGCAUGAAGAUGGACGGCGGCGACUGGUGGGGCAUGUCCGCCCUGCACCGCAACGAGGCGCUCUUCGAGAACCUCAAGCUGAAGCCCCUCGGCCUGGGCGGCGCGAACGCCCUCAUCCAGGGUCCGCUGCUGAAGAAGGAGAGCCGCCAGCGCAACGACACGUGCGAGUUCUGCGGCAAGGUGUUCAAGAACUGCUCCAACCUGACGGUGCACCGCCGCAGCCACACGGGCGAGAAGCCGUACAAGUGUGAGCUCUGCUCCUACGCCUGCGCCCAGAGCUCGAAGCUCACCCGCCACAUGAAGACGCACGGACGCACCGGCAAAGACGUCUACCGCUGCCGCUUCUGCGACAUGCCCUUCAGCGUCCCCUCCACCCUCGAGAAGCACAUGCGGAAGUGUGUCGUGAACCAGGGCAAGGCGGCAGCCGCCGCCAAUGCCGUGGCCGCUGCCCAGGCCGCUCAAGCCGCCGCCCAGCAGCUCCAGGCAGCCGCCCAGCAUGCCCAGGCCGCCCAACAGCAGCAGCAGCACCAGCAGUCGCAGCAACAGCAGUCGCAGCAGCAGAUGCCCGUGCAGUCGCAGCUGUCGCCGUCAUGCCCCAUGGGCGUGGUCGGGUAUCCGCCACAGUUCGGAGUCUCCGUUGGGGGCCACAACCUCUCGCUGCCGGGCAGCGUGAGCGGGGACAACGACUCGAAUGCGUCCUCCAGCCUCACCGCUCACCCCAUUUCGCUGAAGGAGGAGGCAUGACUUUUUAGCAGCUGGAGCAGCGCGCCACCCCCGCCACACCCGCACCAACACCCGCAUUUGCCACAACUGCCACACCAUGCUGCGGCACAUCUCCAUCCGCAUCAGCAUCCGCAUUCGCAUCAGCAUCCCCAUCCAGCGCUCUCGCAUCCCCAUCCGCACUCGCACCUGCAGCUGCAGGGGCCGCUGGUAACGGCACCGCCGCCAACGCUCCACCAAUUGGCCAGCAGCAGCAGUCGCAGUCGCAUCAUGUCGCGCAUCUUUUAAAGAUGUCCACAGCACAGCCCCUUGUACAUAGAACACCUUCCCCCCCUCCUCUUCUCCUAAGUUGACAUCAAGUUACGGUUAUGUACCGCCAGCAGCAGCAGCAGCAGCCCCCACGGAUACCCUGCAACUUUUACAAAAAGAUUGCUCCCAUGCAACCGCUCCCAUGCACCCCCGAGACCGAGACCGACACCGCCAGCUGCACUCAGCCAAGCUCCUUGAAGGCGACUAAAAAAAAAUACACGACCAGAGGCAUUUAAUACCAAAGCAAUAACCGUUAUGUAAUAUAAUUUUAAAGAUUCCAAUUUUUUUUUCCAACCCCUAAAACAAAUCGAAACGAAACGAAAGUGAAACCAUUUAUAUAUACAUAUAUACAUAUUUUUUUUAUCACCCAAUUUUUUUGUGCUUGUAAUUUAAAAAUAGAUCCUUAGAUUAUUGUAUAUUUAUAUGUAUCGAUGACGAUGGGUAAUCGAAACUUAUCGAUCGAGAGAAAGAGAGUAAUCGCCUAGCCAGUAAUCGUGUGGACACACAUUUUCCAGUGUAUUUUUAGGCCUAAGCUAAGGGAUUUGUAUAUGAAAAAUGGGGAAGAAAAUAGAAAGAAAAACCAAAAACGAAUCAAAAACCCUACAAAAAAAAAAACACAACUACAACUACAUUUAAAAACAGAAAAAACUGAAAACUAAAGAGGGGGACAAAAGCGAUAAAAGAAAAACCAACCACGACAAAAAUUCAAGCUCCCAGCGAGCCACAAAAAUAAGCAAAAAUUAUACUCUAAAACUUAACUAAAUAUGAAUAUUAUAUAUAAUAUAUAAAACUAUAUAUAGGAGAUCGCAUAUGCGAUAUGCGGUAUGCGUGUGUGAGUGUAUGAAAAAAUUAAGGAUAUUUUUCCAUCGAUGUACAUUUUUUGUAGUAAAUCUAGAGCCCUAGAGUCCCGCAAGGGGCGAGCACUUGUAAAAACUCUUAGAACCCCCUCCCCCACCCCUACCACACUUCUGACACUCGAUUAUCGUUUAUUCGUUUUAUUCGAUUUUCGUUGGCCAGAAGUACACCCUGUCCCUGCCCCCUGCCCCAUCGUCCCACUAGUUUACUUAAUUUUCGAUUAUUCUUUUUUUGCGCCUAGAAAUAAAUUCUAUUAUUAAAUGUAAUUUAAAGAAAACAAAAAACGAAAAAUAAUCAAAUUUUUUUACAUACAUAAAUAAAUAUAAAUGUAAAACACAAAUUUUUUUUAAACAAUUUUAGCAUAAGAAAAUCAUAAAGAAAAGAAAAGAAAAUUAAGAAGAAACCCCCAUCUGAAAUUGAGGCGAAAUGCAAAUUAGAAAUGUGAAUGAUUGAAAGGCGACCGCAAAUUUGUACGUAAAACUUCAAGUGAAAGCAAAAGACAAAAAAACACACAAAAAAAAA